UAUAGGUAACGUGUCGGAUGUUUAACAGAAAAGGGAAGUGAAACCUUGUCUAAAAUGGAUAUGACCCGGGAAGUUUCAAUUUCGGAUAACAGUUCUGAUACGAACGAUACUGAUAUAAUUUGUGACGAGGACAGUAAUGAAGAUUCAAAGUGCAGAUUUUCGAGAAAAGUGGCAAGUGAAAGGGUUGAAAGUGACUGUGAGAAAGACGCGUCGAAGAAGGCAUCGGUAAAAAAUAAGACCUUCACGAUAGACGGUAUUUUGGGAUUGGAUGCCUCUAAGAUGAAAAGAAGUGAUAGUGGCUCAAGUGAUGUGACUUCUCAGACAAUACCAAAAUCAAGUUCAGAGUUUACCUAUCCAUUUCGUCCUGUUGCAAUUUCACCUGCUUCUGUUUGUGGGACUUCAACUGCACCUAAUGUCCUCGAGCUACUUAGCAAUAAGACAUCGCAUAUGAUGAACAACCUCACCAGCGUAGAGCAUAUUGCUCAACCAAAAGUGCAUCCCAUCACACCUACGCUACCAUAUUCCGUAUCUGGUUUACAGUUCCCAAAUAGUCACCCCGGCCUUGUAUACGCAAAUUGGAUUGGAUUACAUUCGAAACCCCCACCGCAUGCAAAUUAUGUUCUAGGAUUGCAAAUACCAAAGCCAAGCGGCAAGCGUUUCCGAAAACCUGGUGUCGAUCGCAAGCCCAGACAAGCAUACAGUGCAAAACAAUUGGAACGUCUGGAGAACGAAUUCAAACAGGACAAAUAUUUGAGCGUUAGUAAACGUAUGGAGCUUUCCAAAUGCCUCAAUCUGACUGAAGUUCAGAUCAAGACCUGGUUCCAAAACCGUCGUACUAAAUGGAAGAAACAAUUAACAUCACGCCUAAAAAUUGCUCAGCGACAAGGAAUUUACACAAGCCCUUAUUUGACUCCUGGGAUACCACCGUAUUCCUUGUUUCCACCGUAUUAUGCAACCCCCCUGUGUUUUGUAGAGCCAGUUAGCAGUAGUGAUAAUAAAUCAGAAUCGCCGUCACCAAGUGGAUUAUCGUAAUGAACGAAUUGAUUGGUCUUUUUUGAU